UCUUUCUUCGAUAAUUUUUCGAUACGAAAACCAUAUCGAAAUCAAGCAAAAUGUUUAGCUUGAUUUUAGUUGAUUUCGUAUCACACUAAAAGUUAGAAAACGUACAUGAGUACUUAAAUUUUUGAAAAAUUUUGAAUAGUGUAAAUCGAGAAGGAUGGGUGGAGGAAGUGUUUUGGCCACCCAAAAAUUGAAGUUGGAAGCAACAAAGAAGACGGAGCCAAAAGAGCGCGCCCCAAGAUGAUGUUGAUCUGCCGUUUCAAGACACCCAACUUCCACUUCCGGUUUCAGUCAACAUUCUCUCACAGGACAUUAAUCAAACACCUUUCGCCUUCAAAUCCAAACACGUUUAUUACUUGUAGAGCUCGCGCAAAACCCUUAACUACCACCAGAGUUCUAAAUUCUUCACAUUUUGAAACCCUAACUUUCCAACAACAGGACCAGAUUCGUCUCUACGUUGAUUCCCUUCUUCAAUGGAACCAGAAAAUGAACCUUACGGCUGUUAAAGAGGUGAAUGAAGUGAUGGAAAGACAUAUCGAGGAUUCACUUGCAAUACUACCUCCUAUAUAUAAUAAUUAUACUUCACAUUGCAGCGGUUCAAGCGACAAUCUUAGCCUUGUUGAUGUUGGGACUGGUGCUGGGCUACCAGGAUUAGUUUUGGCUAUAGCUUGCCCAGGUUGGAAAGUAACGCUUUUAGAGUCAAUGAACAAGCGUUGUGUCUUCUUGGAGCAUGCGGUUAGUUUAACUGGAUUGUCAAAUGUUAAAGUUGUAAGGGGAAGGGCAGAGAAUUUGGGGCAAAAUCUUUGCUUUAGAGAGCAAUUUGAUGUAGCAGUGGCCAGAGCUGUUGCUGAAAUGAGAAUUUUAGCUGAGUACUGUCUUCCCCUUGUUCGUGUUGGUGGGUUGUUUGUUGCUGCAAAGGGUCAUGAUCCUAAGGAGGAAGUUAGAAAUGCUGAAAGAGCAGUUCAGCUGAUGGGCGCUUCCUUAUUGCAACUGUGCACAGUGGAAUCACAGAGCCCAUUUGGACAACGAACUGCCAUUGUAUGUUUGAAAGAUCGCUGUACUCCAAAAAAGUAUCCCCGUGAUCCAGGUACUCCUGCAAAAAUGCCAUUAUAGAUGAACUGGGUGCUGGUUCUGCCUGUUGUUUUUAUCUCAUUCUACCUCCUGCACCACAUCAACUGCCUAUGGAUAAACUGCAAAUACGGCUAUAGGUAUGACAGAGAAGAAACAUAAUAUUUGGUCUGUUUCUGCAGCAGGAUUAAAUCCAUAUUUUCUAAUUUUAGUUUUUUGUUUCCCUUCUGAAAGAAGAAAAUUUUCUGGAAAUAGUUGUACUAAAUACAUUUCCUUUUUAGAGAAACAUGAGCAGCUGGUAUAUAUAUACCUAGCCUUAACCAUGUCGGUUUCUAUGGGUCUGAUUAAUUUAUUGGCCAACAAGAUCUCUACAAUAAGAAACUUGCUCUCCAAUUCUCUGUUUGCUCAUACAAAGAGCAUCAUAUAUUACUAUGCCAUCUGAGUGAAGAAAGUUUAAUGGGGCUCAAGAGGCCGUUCCCAUCCUAAUUCAGGACGUUUUAUUCUUUAAAUUAAGAAUAAAAGAUGGAUUAUUACUUCCCUGAUUACUUAUUUUAUAUUCAGGUCAGUGGUACCCAGCAUCUUUUUACCUACUAUUUAUCUGGCACUGACACGUGUUGAUAGAUUAUUAAUGCAGGUAACACAGAAUGAUUAUGGUGACGGGUGUUGAAUGAAUCUUCAUCCGCUUGUCUUUCCAGGCCAAUACUAGGUUGAAAAAGUUGCCAUAAUAAAAUGACUUUUUCCUAACUCUACCGCCACAUGUAAUCAGAUAAGCAGGUGAAACUGAUGUACAUAUAUUACGCUACAUAGGACCACUCUCUCUAAUAGCUACUGACUUUUGGAUAACUGAAAGGUGGAAAUCAAAGUGGAAGUGGAAGUUGAAGUGGUGGGAUUUUGCCUGAAAGGAUAGUUUAGCCGGCAACAGUGGUUGCAUCCUCUCAACAAAAAGGAUAUGAAUGCGAAACCUUGGGAUUUUUCUUAUUCAUUUUCUUUUGUUUUGCCAAAAUAAAUAUUCAUUUUUUAUAAGCCAGACAUGUCCCAGACAUGUAAGCUAUUCAAUUUAUUAAAUACGGAGAGAUUUAGGGAACAA